AUGGCUCUAUUAUUCUUCAUUUCUCAAAUUAUUGCAAUUUAUUACAAUAUAGCGUUGACUGUUAUGAUAAUCAGAACAUUCAGGGUUGAAUAUAAAUACCCGUAUUAUCCAUUGUUAUUCCUCAUUAUGAUCCUCAAUAUAUUAUUCGUACUUCUGACCACUUUAGUCCUUCUCGUAACAUUUGGGUUUCGUGAUUUACACACGAUUGAUAUUGCUCUGCCUUCGACAUUUAUAAUUGCAACAUCCUAUCCAAACUUUAUUGGCAUUCUCGACUUUCUUUUAUACCAAUUCGGAAUUGGCAACAAGUAUAGUAAUCUUACAAACUUAGUAUUUUAUUGUUUCGCCUACGACCUUGGAUUAAAAACGGUUCUUGGCAUUUUAACAUUUGUUGGUUAUUUCGUGAUAUUGGUGAAAGUGAUUGGUCAGAGUAGGAAAGUUGGAAAGGCGAUUGACUUCACUGUGAUCAAGCAAGCUGUUCCUAUUGCUAGUUUUCAAUUUGCAACUAAUAUUAUGCUACUCUUCAUGCACAUGGGCACAUCUCAAGGCUUCUUAUCUUUUGGAAAUGUUUGCGUUGUCAAGUACACAUUUACCCAGCUUCUUUGUAUCGUGGUCCCAUUCUCAAUCAUUUUGGGUAAUCGUAAUCGGCGUCAAAAGUUUGGAGAUUUUGGAUUUUGCUGUAAAACGAGCAGUCGAAUACUCCCUGUUGAUUAUGAGCCAUCAGCUGAAGCGACGGAGACAGCAGUUAAUUCUAUUAAUUAG